AUGGGUGGGACGUGCCCCGUGCACCCUGGCCUGGUUGUUGAGCUCGCCAUUCGAGCGUCUCGCGCCGCCGAAGGCGGCGCCAGCGCCUCUGCAGAGCCCCUUAGCGCCAGGGGCUCGCCGACGCUGCUCAGGAGCCCGCCGGCGGGCGACGCUGCGCCCGUGGCGGCGUCGCCGGACCCCGUGGCCUCGAGCGAUCGCUCGAGCACGGAGAGGCUCGAUGGCGCGGCGCACGCGGCCCUGGAGCGCGCGCUCCUGCAGGGGCAGGCCCCCGACCGGGGCGCGCCGCCGGGCGCGGGCCCGAGCAGGAGGCGAAAUUCCGACGAGCAGGAGGAGAAUCUCACGAAGCUGCGGACCGCACAGGAGGUUAAGGACUUCAUGAACAUGAAGGAGGGAUCCACCAUCCGGGCCUGGCUGCGGCACUUCGACCUCAACAACGACUUGAAGAUCAGCCACAACGAGUUCGUCCGGGGCCUCAAGAAGCUGGACUACCACGGCGACCCCUCUGCGGUGUUCAUCGCCCUGGACGUGGACCACUCCCAGGAGCUCUCCCUGCAGGAGAUCGACGAGGCCGGGGCGACGGUGUGGCAGAACUUCCGCGCCUGGUGCGUCGAGAGGUUCUCCUCCACGGAGGAGAUGCUGGAGCGGCUGAGAGACGGUCCGCAGCAGAGCCGCACACUCAUGAAGAGGGGCGCGCUGACCAGCUCGAGCCCGCGUGCUAGUGCUAUCCAAAAGGGGAAGCACGCGCCGGCGGCGACUCUGGACCUUGUGACCUUCACGGCGAACCUCAAGCUUCUCGGGUACGGCCAGGGCUUCGAGAACAUCGUCUUUCAGGCCCUGGUGGGCGGCGGCGGUGACGGGGACAGUGCCGUCCUCGGGCUGGAGCACCUCAAGUGGUUCGAGAUCGAGAAGCGCCGCCAGCGACGGAAGGAGCAGGCCCGAAAAAAGGCCGCCCUGACCAACGCGCUGAGGAAGUCCACCUGGAAGGGCGGCCGCGCAUGUCUGAAUGACUUCAAGGCCUUCCUGAAGAGAACCCAUGGCAACUACAUCCGCGGGUGGCGCAUGGCGCUCAGCCCCACCGACUCGAUGGUGGUGUCGAAGGGGGACGUCUUCAAGGCGUGCACCCACAUGGGCUGGCAGGGCGACGUGCGGCUUCUGUACAAGACGCUCGACAAGGAUGACAGCGGGUACGUGUCCAUGGAGGAACUUGACCCCUACGAGGCGCAAGUCCUCGCGCACUUUCACAUCUUCGUCGGGGAGACUUUCGGGAAUGCCGCGUCGGCGUUCCAGGCUUUCGACAAGAGCAAGCUCAAGAAACUGCGCUACCGGGAAUUCGUCACGGCGGCACGAUCCUAUGGCUUCAAGAUGCCCAGCAUGAAGCUACUGUUCAACGGCCUGGACAAGCGAAACGCCAAGGCGAUCGUGCAGGAGGAUCUCCUCUUCUUGGACAAGUGGAAGUGCCCCCCGUUCCUGCACGUGCCGCCGAACCAGCAGGCGGCGGAGGAGGUGAAGAUGCUCUUCCUCAAGCACUACAAAACGUUCGUGAAGGCUUGGCGGAUGUUGUUGGACGCGGAUUCCAGCAACAGGUGCACCUACAGCGAGUGGGAGCAGGGCUGCAAGAAGAUCGGCUUCCAGGGCGACACGCCGGGCGCGUGGCGGGCGCUGGACCGGAACUUCUCUGGCUACAUCCCGAGCGGCCCGAGAGAGACUGCUUCGUCCCGACGGGGUGGCGGAGGCGCUGAGAGUGUUCGCCAAGUGGUGCGUCGAGGAGUUCGGAGGAGUCCGCUCCGCUUUCAGCGUCUUCGACGCCAGCGCAGACAACGAGGUGAGCUACCGCGAGUUCCGCCGCGCCUGCCGGAUCUACGGCUACGACAAGGACGUGCAGAAACUCUUCCGCGCGCUGGACGUCGAGCGCAACGGGACACUGACGGUGUCCGAGGUCAUGUUCCUAGACGACUGGGAGUUCCGCGACAUCGUCGAGGAACACGGCGGGCCGGACGGGCCUGA